CUCUUUCAGUUCUAGUUUAUAGAUCGACGAGUGCUUAAGUCUUUAAGAUUUUUACAGAUUAAGAUUUUAAACUAUUACAACUCUUUUAAUCUCAUCUUGACUUUGAGACUUUCUUAGAUUAUAUUUUAUAUUUUUAGACCUUUGUAUGUCUGGGGACUUAGAAGUGAUAGACCUUUGGACUUAACUCUCGCAACUUCAAAGUUUCCGAGGUCCUUAUAUUUUUAGAUUCACUAGUUCUUAAGUUCUCAACUACAUAGAUUUCCAAUUCUGACAUCUUUAAGCACUCGAUUCCAGCGAGCACUUAAAUCUCUCAGUUCUCGCACUCGCAAAUCUUUCAUCCCACCGACAACAAGCUCGAUAUGGCAGGCUGCCCGAAAUUGCUUCUUCCAAAUCCCAAUCGUGACUACCAUCUGGCGUUUUAUGAAACGCCUUGUACACAUAAUUCACCGGCGACUCGCGGUGCUCUCUUUUCCGAAACUGGUGUCGUCGGGGGCUAGGAAUCGGGUAACGUCCGGAUAAAAUGGCACGAUGAGUUCGCCGAGGGCACUCACCAAACUCGCUUGUUCGCUCGCUCGCUCACUCCUGGUGGGGGUAACCACGAAGCGGGAUGGUCUCGGGAGCGACUCGAGGGUAUUUUCAUCGCGGCAGUGCAACACGUGCAACCGGUACAGCUGGCGUGCGUAUUCGUCUCGAUCUUUCCUGACCAGCUUGCCCCACCAAAUUUGUGGCGGUCAGCGGAUCCAUUCAGCCUCCGGAAGAUGUGAGUCGCGUUAGUGAUCGCUUUCGUGUAUUAUGUCGGUUAGUUUUUAAUCGACGAGCGUCGAUCUCGUUGCCAUCGACGUGUCGUCGUUGGAGAACAUCGGCGAAAUGUAGACGACCGGAUGACGCCACCGUUGUUAACCGCGAGGUGGUAAUAUGGCGAACAUCAAAGUGGCCGUGCGCGUGAGACCGGUGUCUGUUAGAGAAUUAAAUUCGACGGGAUCCGCAGUAGUUGUUCAUGCAGAACCGAAUGAGAUUGUCCUGACGAAUUUGAAGGUAUCACCGAGCAAGGUCGGGGACAGUCGCGAGAGAACGCGAAGAUAUGGUUUCGAUUACUGCUUCGAUUCGUCGGAUCCUGAAGCGAAAAAUUACGCCACUCAAACAACGAUCUACGAGACGCUCGGCCAGUCCAUCCUGGAUGCUAUGUUCUCUGGAUAUAAUUCUUGCCUGGUGGCUUACGGCCAGAGCGCGUCAGGCAAAACCUACACCAUGAUGGGCACAAAGGAGGAUCCGGGACUCAUUCCACGUCUUUGCGAAGGAAUCUUUUCAAAGAUCGAGCAGGAGAGCAAACACGAAAGGAUCUAUCGCGUGACAGUUAGUUAUCUAGAGAUAUAUAACGAGAGAGUGAGAGAUCUCCUGAAGCCGUCGACGAGCACGAGCGGGCUCCGAGUUCGAGAACAUCCUCGACUAGGACCUUACAUUCAAGGGUUAACGCACCACGUGGUCCGCACCCUGGGGUCGUUGAUAUCAUACGUGGAGGAGGGCACGAAGGCUAGGAAGACAGCUUCGACCCUUCAGAACCCCAGCAGCAGUCGUAGCCACGCUCUGCUGACCGUCGAUCUCUCGCAGGAGACGGCCGGCUUCGAGGGUCCCAACGGCAGCGGCACCUCCUCGUCCUCCAGGAGGCAGGACGUCACUUCGCGCGGCGGUAGCAGGUUGCACCUAGUCGAUCUGGCGGGCAGCGAGAGCGCGGCCACAUGCAGCGGCGUUCAUCGACUGAAGGAGGGUGCGAAUAUCAACAAGAGCCUGGUGGCUUUAGGGAACGUGAUAUCUGCACUCGCCGAGAGAGGCUCAACCGGAAGUAGGCCAGGAAGAAGAUACAUCCCUUAUAGAGAUUCUUCGCUCACUUGGUUGUUGAAAGAUGCACUCGGCGGAAAUGCCACCACCAUUAUGCUCGCCACAAUAUCUCCGGCUAGUGGAAGUUAUAACGAGACCGCGCAUACUCUGCGAUUCGCGCAAAGGGCGCAAAGCGUGGUCAAUCGACCAGUGGUUAACGAGGAUCCCGUGGAGAGAAUCAUCCGUGAAUUAAGGGCUGAAGUCGCCAGAUUGAAAUCUUUAUUAUCGGAAAAGGAUAUCGACCAGAACAAGGCGCCGUGUUGCUGCGGCAAAGUUCAAAGUUCAAAGGAUUCGGCGACGGAUCCUCAGUAUCACGAAGAACAGAAAUCGCGCAACACUUCGCGAUCUGAGGAAUCCGAGGAUCAUAAAGACAAGAGAACGAAUGAGAACAGAUUUUUUGAUGUGCUUCCGAUAAGAAGAAUCAAUUCUAGUGAUAACGUGACAGUUUACGAAGCGAGUUCUUCAGGGUCCAUCAGAAAGUUCAACUCCUACGAACAUCUUCAACCUCAGGAUCGCUUCGGUAAUUACAAUCGGGCCAAGGUCACCGAAUUGAACGACGAGGACGACGAAGUGGUGAACGAGAUAAACGAACCGGUCUUUGUGGAUAUACCGACUCUCGUGGCAGUGUUGAUCAAACCGGACGACAGCUUGCAAGAAUCGUCAGCGCAGAUAGAAGAGAUUUGCUCUGACGAGGUGCAAGAAGACUCUAUCGAUGCCGAUUUUAUAGAAGGCAGCAAUGAAGAUUUCGAGGAACCGGAGAGAAUUGACGAUGUCGAUCCUGACGAUCGCAACAUUUCAGCAAAUUCCUGCAACCGAGUCUUGAAAGACUCGGAGAUCGCCGAUCUUCAUCAGAUUACAUCGGAAUGCCCUCCAGCGAGCCCGGCGUCUGUCGGAAGAAGCAGACCGAGAGGAAAGUUCAGCAAGCAGAAUUCCGUCGACUUACCUUUGUCGAAUCUGAACGUCUCAAAGAAGUAUGGCUCUAUCGACGGAAUUAACAAGAGGAAAGAACCUAUUUUUAGCGUUCAGCGAUCACACACGAACUUGGAAAAACGUCCGGCGGUGUCUGAUCGUGGGAAGAAGCUCAAUAACAUCCGAGAGAUCGACGAUCGUAAGGCGAACGUUAAGUCAGGAAGCAUCUGGAAGGCGAUCGGUAACGUCGGUAGCAAAGAUCAUCUGCAGAGGAAAAGCAGCAACGAAUCUGACAAGAGUUUGAGGGAUUCUAACAGCGGUAGAACAGGUAGCUACAGCAAUAUCGGCAGGAAGCCGAGUUUAGAGAGCUUGAAGAGAAAGACCAGUAAGGAUAGUAGCUCGAGCAGCUCUAAGGACGAACAGAUCCUGAUUUCCAGCUUGACGCGCGACAAGUUAACGCGCAGAAAGAGCUCCCUGGAUCAGGAAGCGGUAACAGCGGCAGCAACGACGAUAGCCGGUGGUGUAAAGCACACGGCUAUUCAGAGAGUGAAACGUGCCGAGAUCGUGGCAGCCGUCACGGAGAGACUCUACUCCAGCAGGAAGCACACGGAGGAGACCAACAUGGCGAGCAGCAACGCGUCGGACACGCGUUCACCGCCGGAAGGUACCGACGUGAAGAUGUCGAGCAGCCUCAUCGCGCGAUCGAGGCUUCAAGAGAUCUCGCGAAAGAUGCUGAUGAAGCGACGGAGGAUCAGCGUGGACACGCAGACGGAAACGGCGUCGACGCUGCGUUUCAAGGAUACGGCGAGCCUGACGGACGAGCCCAAGGUGGUCCUUCAGGACGCGUCGGUCCUUACGGACGAUCAUACGGACAGUGACGUCACGAUAGUCGCGACGACGGAUCGCCGACUACCCGUUCUCAGAGUGAAGGACAUGGCGACGCUGACGGACCGACGGCCGCAGAUCAGCAUCUUCCGCUGCAAGGACGCCGAGAGCUUGGCCAAUGAUCUCGAUUUCGACGAUUACGAACUCCACUCGCCACGAAAUGAUUCUGGUAUACUCUCCGACGACGCGCAGAAUUACGCCGAGAGCAAUCUGUCCAGCGCCGACGUGUCCGAGCUUUAUCCGGAGAGUGGUGACAGAAGAGUGCCGUGUGUGGACAGCUCGACCAAUACGUUCCUCACGUCGCCAGGAAGGAACUCGGCGGUGCAAACGGCACGUCUGGAAACAACGAGUCGGCGGAAGGAUAACUCGGAGAACAGAAGUUGCAGCGGGUGCUGCAGUCUAAUACACGAAUUCAGCCAGAAUGCACGAGCGAGCAGUCCCGAGAAGAACGUCAUCUCCAUAUCUCUACCGGAAAUGAUCAGCAUAACUAUAGAGAGCACGAACGGUCUGGAAUCAAGAAUUGCGGUGGUGGACGGCAGCGACGCCGCGGAGGAGAAGCCAAAAUUCAUUUCCAGCGAUAAGGCGGCUCAGACGGAUGAAGAGAUUAAAAAUGAAACUGAAAAGUCUGUUCUAAAAGAUUUUACAGUCAAAUCAACGGCUAUUCAAGCGGACGGCAGAGUUUUCAGGAUCGAGAAUAUUUUCCAGGAUCCGAGGAGCAACAACUGUCAAGACGCGACUUGCGAUCUGAAGAAAGAGACUGUAUUAAAGAAGUCGGUAACUUUUAGAAAUUCCUUGGGCACUUCCUCCGUCAUCGAGACGGAAGAGAAUGGCACAAAGCCGGAAUGGGACGGAUUGUACAUUAAUGAUGUUUGUGAGAAAACGUGGCCGAUUCUGAAUGGCGGCUUAACGCAGGCUUUCAUUAUUAAGAAACGCAGUUACAGUUUAAAUUCUAGAAGACCAAUACACAGAUUUGCUUGCUAUGAUUUGUGGAAGAACUGGACCUACCCGUGUCCAGAAAGAUACGCUGAUUUUGCUAAUUACGAUGAAAAAACAUUGACUAUGCCAUCUUGUGGACAGCAAGAUAGUAAUUUAAAAUUAGUUGAUAACUUCCUUUUUUCUACGAUAAGUAGCGAUUGUACUUCUGAUGACAAAAUUUCAGAAGAAGUGAUUCAGGAAUCAUAUAAUAAAGAUUCCGAGAAUAAUCACGAGAACUUGAAAUCAAAAUCUAUUUCGUCAAAGAGCUUAUUAAAUGAUCAUAAUUUUUCGGAUGACAGUCUUGAUUACGACGAAGAUAACGUCGCGAGAAAGUCAUUCGCGGAAACAAUGGAUGAUGAGAAUUACGAGAGCCUUUGUCCUCCAGAUGUUGUUGCGCACACAAAAAAGGAAGCUUCAAAGUUGACGAAUCAUGUGAACUCAACCAACAUCGAGUCCUCGAUAAACGACGAUUUUGAUGACACCGAGAUAGAACUUCCGAGGAAAAAACCUGUUGAAAUAUCAGAGAGGAAUCCAACAAAGGAUUAUAAAGAGUUAAUAUUAGGGACGUCAUCGUAUAUCGUACAAAGUGAUUCUGAAGAAGAAGCGACAACAUCCAGUCAAUCUGGUAAUAUCAAUAAGAAGAAGGUAUCUUUUUCAAAUCCCAGUAACUUCGAGGAGAUGACUAGUCGUAAAAUUCUGAUAUCAAAGCAAAACUCGGAAGCUUUGAAAUCUAUUAUUAAGAUGAAGAGAAACUCGAUAGAAACUGAAACUUUGGACAUUAUUCAAUCCAAUGGUGAAAUUGAUCAACCUUUGCAGGCGAAAGAGAUAGAAUCGACGAAGAGUGAGGAAGUCUUGACUGUCUUGAAAGAGAAUCAUGAUGCUGAGAACUCCGAAGAAUCGUUUAAUGAUGAAGUAGAAUUUUCCAACAAAGAUCAUUGCGGAGAUCCUUGCGAGAACGCCGUCGAAACCAGUGUCGUCACCGAUAAAGACACUCGUUCUCGUGCGGUGUCAAAGAGAAAUAUUCUUGAAGAAUAUCUGAAUGAGGCAAUGAUCUUCAUGCGCAACAUGAACUCUAUCAACGAGUACAUGAGUGCCACAAAUAUGUUGGAAAACUGCGGGAAGCGUCGCAAAAGACGAGGAAGUCGUCAUGGCAACAAUCCGGACAAGGAUAGGAAUUAUAUAGAAUUCCGAGGACGCAAAGUGAGCUUGAAGGAUGACACGGACAAGUAUUUGCAACCGAACAAUAAUGACGAUGUUGCGGUCGAAUCCUAUGUGAAAUGUUUGAAGGGCAUCGAGAGAUUGGAGGCGUGCAUUGAGAAGGUCAGCGAACACAAUCAGAUCCUUCGAGACAGAUAUGGCAUCGACGUUGAGUCUACUGGCGCUAAAUCGAGUUUAGCGAGUCCCAGCAUAGACUCCAUGUCCAGUAUCAAUGAUAGCGUGAGUUACCGAUACAAAAGUGAUGCUGACAGUUGCAAUAAGUCUGGCCUUUCCAGGAUUUCCUUACCCCCUUUGUCUUCCACUGACAUCGCGAACCGGUUAAGUGAGAUAGAAAAAUAUCAAGUUGUUACGAAGACGGUCGAACAUGAUCUUGACGACAAGAACAACAAUAUUACAACCGAGGAUAAUCUCGAGCACAAAAUCUUCGAUGAAUUGAUGCGCGCUACCGAUUUCAAGUGCUGGAGCCCGAAGCAAUCCCGACAGGAACGUCUCCAGAAAAUGUCCGAUCUUAGGUCGCAAAGCUCGACAACUUACUCCAAGUUACGAGGGACUUUCCAACAGAACGCUCGUGGCAUCCUUAAUUUCGACAAAGUUUCCGUCACCGAGGAUUAUCUUGGUCACAUUCGUGGAAUUGAGAGUAGACCUUGGACGUUUAGGAAAACGAAACUUUCGGAUCAAACGGACGAUAUUAGCUCGAGAACAUCGAUCGGUUUCGAGACUGAUUCUGAGAAAUCUUGCGACGAAUCACCGCAAGAUAAUGGUAAUUUAAAAUCGGAAAUCGAGGCAUCGAAGCCGACAAUUUUUCAAACAAAGCUGGAUUCCGAUCGUCUGAUAAAUUCUAGAAAAUCGAUCGAGACAGGACAAACGCUUUUUACGGAAGAUGAGGUUGCGCGGAGAAGUACACGGAGAUUAAAAGAUAGUUUAAGAACCGAAUCAGUGAAUCCCAGAUUUGGAAGUUCUUUGUCCAUGGAAUUAAAGUAUCCUGGUAGUCCGAGAGCAAAGUUCUUGGAGCUUUUAAAGGAGAGAAGACGCAUUGUAGAAAAUAGUAGAGGUACGAAUGCAUUUUGAAAAGAAAGAGCGAAAAUUAUUCUUAAAUUAUAGGACUAUUUUUCACACGUGUUUUGUAUUUUGACAAUUAUCAGAAAAA